AUGCAAAUUUCCGGCAAGAACUUCGUCCUACAAGCCAUCACUCGUCUUACGUUCCCUAUUGACGAUGGUCUCUGCACUCAUUUUCCUACCGAAGUAUCCUUACAACACGCGUCAGAAUAUUCCUUUGAGUUCAGCAUCACGAAGCCAAUUCGUGCAAUUGACGCACUUAAUCAAACCGCCGCUGAUAAGAAGUUCCUCCAGAAGCAAUCGAAAGAAAUCGACAUAUUCAACAAUCAAAGACGCAGCGAGGAAGGAAAAUCUGCAAGCUUCAGUGAGAUAAUCACAAGUGCGAGGGAGGCAAUUAUGGGGAAAGCGGAUGUUUCUAAGAAAACUGGACAAGGUAAUCAAGGUAACGCAGCUCAAAAACAAAGGAGAAUGCUCAGUGAUGCAACGUUGAAAAUUGUUCGCAAAGGCCUAGAAGAACCCAACGUGACAAUCGUCGAUAUACCUGGCUUAGUUGCAUCGGGCCAUGGUGCUCACAAGAUGGCCAAAGAUCUUGUAGACUGUUACAUCAAUAAUCCUCGAAGCAUUGUUCUGGCAGUUGCACAUCCUGCCAAUCGCGAAGUUCAGGAUAUUUUUCAAAUCAUCGAGACAAUCUCGGAUAGGCUGCGCAACGGGCUUGAUGUUGAGGGAGAUGCCUGGAUCCUUGACGCCAUCAAAAAUGGCGAAGACUUUGACACGCAUCUUACAUACGGCUGGUUUGCGCUUCGAAAUCUCUCUCCUACUGAGAGGAAGGAAGAUCCUAUCCAUGAAACCCGAGAUAAAAAGGAACUAGAGUUCUUCAAGCAGCUCCCAUGGACAAGUUUAAAGCGACCCAACAAUCUUGGCAUCAAGAAUUUGAAAGAUGCACUGACAAAAAUGCACAACGAACAUGUCACCCGCAGUAUUCCAGAACUAAUCCCCGAAAUUGACGCUCGCUUAAAGAAUAUCGUUAAGAGAAUCGACGGAUUGGGACAGCCACGAAUUUCUUUUAAUGAUCAAAUGCACUUCAAAAUCCGAAAGAUUGUGCGCGAUGCUUUGGAGGUGUUCAGAGAUAGCAUGCUAUCCGAUUUUGAAGAACGUUUCAAUUAUAAACGCCCCGGAUUUGGUCUCUCAUCGACAGAUUCAAGAGCCUGGAAAGCCGACAUUCUGAAGAAUCCGUUUCUCGCCAAGAUUCAUCAGUGUAUCCUCGAUAACCGGGGAAAAGAGUCCACAAAUGAAGUCAACACGAGUGUAUUGCGUAGUCUCUGGGGGGAAUUCACGCCGAAAUGGAAGAGACGAACGGAAAAACUCAUCGAGUCGCUAGUGAACUCGAUCGACAAAAAGAGCAUCCACGACGAUGCAAGGCGCGAAUUGGAUUUGCUGAUCAAUGAUGAAAAUUCCGGAUUGAUUGUUACGCUCAACAAUUGGAAUGUGAAGACGCUUGAGACUUUGAGUAUUACCCGAAUGACGCAUAUGCAGGAGACGCUGGAGAAGAUUCACAGGACUGAUAGAGAAAUGGUGAAAACCCAGAUUACCAGCUGGGUUGCUCAGAAUAAGGAUAUUGAGUCGAUUUUCAUCACGCAUGAUAAGCUGGCUAGCUAUUAUGAGACUGCGAUGAUCAGGUUUGUUGAUAACGAUCGAGACGGUCUCAACAAAAUCGCAGGAGAAGAUCAGAAACAAUUGAAUGAAAGGGAGCGGCUGAAACACGAUAAAGAGUCAUUGGCUGAAGCGAUGAAAAAGGCGAGGGGGUAUGGAUUUCCUCUUGAGGAACAGGGAUUGGGAUUGGGGCUGGGUUAUGGAGGUAGUUUGUGA